ACAAAAACCAAAACUCUAUCCUUUUAUAAUUAAAGAAAGCUAGUGAUUAGUAUACAAAUUAAAAAGAAGCAUGCCAACAAGGUUAUUGAAGUUAGUGAAGGAAGGAAAACCAUAUUUGACAGUGAUAUUGUUGCAGUUUGGAUAUGCAGGAUCAGCCAUAAUAGCUAAAAAUGCUCUAAAUCAUGGCAUGAGCCAUUUCACCUUUGCCGUCUACAGAAAUGCCUUUGCCACUAUUGUCUUUGCUCCUUUUGCCUUCCUCUUAGAAAGGAAAAUAAGGCCAAAAAUGACUCUAUCCAUUUUCUUGAAGAUUAUGUUGCUGGGAUUAGUGGAGCCUGUCAUCGACCAGAACUUGUAUUACACGGGAUUGAGAUACACUACUGCAACUUUUGCAACAGCAAUGUGUAAUGUUCUUCCAGCCCUCACCUUUUUGUUGGCUUGGAUAUUAAGGCUUGAGAAGGUGAACAUUAAGAGAAUACCAAGCCAAGCAAAAAUAGUGGGAACAGCAGUGACACUUGGUGGUGCUAUGAUAAUGACACUGAUUGGAGGACCUACAAUUGGAUUGCCCUGGACCAAACAUCACCCAAAUAUUACUACAACUGCUACUAGUGCUUCUCCUAUUGAGCUACAACCCAUUAAGGGUGCUCUCUUUAUCGCCGCAGGUUGUAUCUGUUGGUCCUGCUUUUACAAUCUUCAGGCAAUAACAUUGAAGACAUACCCUGCGGCAUUAUCGCUGACUUGUCUGAUAUGCUCGUCCGGAGCUCUGCAAGGCACUGUUCUGACGCUUGUGGCUGAAAGGGGCAAUACUUCAAUAUGGGUCAUCCAUUGGGACACUAAAUUCUUAUCUUACGUUUAUAGUGGAAUGGUCACUUCUGGAGUUGGCUAUUAUGUCUCUGGAUUGAUAAUGAAGGAAAAAGGACCUGUUUUUGUAACUGCAUUUAAUCCUCUAAACAUGGUUAUCGUCGCAAUCUUAGGUUCAUUCAUUUUAUCCGAGCAGCUAAACUUGGGAAGGGUUUUGGGAGGGGCAAUCAUUGUAACUGGACUAUAUUUAGUAAUAUGGGGCAAGAGCAAGGACCAACAAUCGUCGAAAUCGAUCAGUAGCGAAGUGGCUGCUCAAUCUGAUGAACCAGUUGAAAAAGAAACAGCAAUAAAGUCUUCAAAUCAAGCAAAAGUUGGAGAUGAAGCUGUUUAAGAAGAAAUUAUGGCGAGACUUAAACUCUUAAAGUUAGAAGGAUAAGUAGAAAUAAUAACUCCUAAUUAAUGGUUGGGUUCUAGAUAAAGUAAGAUCAAGUUCCCCACAUAGAGGGGAUGUUACUUUUGCAUUUCUUUAUUAAAGAGAAAUAUUGGAGAAAUGACAAAGUGGGUGUAGCAUCUUCGAAGUA